AUGACGGCCUCCACCAGCAUCAAGGCUUUUUCGGAGAGUGAAAACAAUGCUACCAAGCUCAACCAGGGGCUGAGGAUAACGGAGGAUGUCGCCAUUGUUGGUGUGUCUUGCAGAACAGCGGGCAACAACAACUCACCAGAGAAGCUGUGGGAAUUCUUACUAGCCAAAAAGGAUGGCUCCGGCGAGGUUCCCUCGCACCGAUGGGAGCCAUGGCUGCGACGUGAUGUGCGCAAUGCCAAAGAAAUAGCCAAGACCAUCACCAAAGGCUAUUUCAUCAACGACCUUGAGAAUUUUGAUGCAGCUUUCUUCGGCGUUUCACCUAAAGAAGCCGAGCAAAUGGACCCGCACCAGCGUUUAGGUCUGGAGCUGAGUUGGGAGGCCUUGGAGGACGCUGGGCUGGACCCCAAGAGUCUCGCCGGCUCCAACACAGCUGUAUAUAUGGGCAUUGACUCUGACGACUACUCUCGUCUGCUACUCGAGGAUUUGCCCAACAUCGAGCCCUGGAUGGGCAUUGGUUCGGCGCCACAUGGAGUGCCGAAUCGCAUCUCAUAUCAUUUUGACCUCAUGGGGCCCAGCUCAGCCGUGGACGCUGCAUGUGCAUCGUCCCUGGUUGCGGUUCAUCUAGGAAGCCAGGCAAUCUUGAACGGCGAAUCUGAUGUUGCCAUUGUCGGUGGUGUAAACGUCCUUCUCGCACCAGCACUCACGUUGAUGCUGGGUAAAGCCGGCGCGUUGUCUCCUGACGGAGUGUGUAAGUCGUUUGACGAGGAUGCAAAUGGCUAUGCCCGGGGUGAGGGCGGAGCUGUGAUUAUCCUCAAGCGCCUCAGCCGGGCGAUUGCUGAUGGCGACAAUAUCAAGGCCGUCCUCAAGGGCUCUGCGGUCGCUCAAGACGGAAAAACCAAUGGCAUCAUGGCUCCCAAUUCAAAGGCGCAGGAGUUGGUGGCGAGACAGGCAUUAGCACGUGCGGGAGUCGAUCCCCUGGCCGUGUCCUACGUCGAGGCCCAUGCCACGGCAACUAAACUCGGCGACCCAACCGAAAUGUCGGCGAUUGCUGCCGUGUAUGGCGCGGCGGCGGGACGGUCCGCCGGAAACCCUGUCUUCGUCGGCUCAAUCAAGCCUAACGUCGGCCAUAUUGAAGCCGCAGCCGGCGCGAUCAGCCUGGUCAAGACGGUCCUCGCUGUCAACAAGGGUGAGCUGGCUCCACAGGCACGGCUGAACAGGCUGAAUACACGGAUCGACUGGGCGACAACCGGGCUGCAGGUGGUGCAGGAGACGACGAAAUGGCCCGAGGAAGACAACCAGCCUCGACGAGCCGCCGUGUGCUCCUACGGCUACGGCGGCACUGUGUCACAUGCCAUUGUCGAGCAGUUCGUGGGGGGUAACAAGGAGGCAACCUCCAACGUUAAGCCCGACGCAGAGCGUGCCUUGUUUACCCUGUCAGUGCCCCAGGAGAAGCGCCUAGCACAGCAAGCCAGGGCUGUUGCCGAGUGGCUGUCGUCUCCUGCGGCCAAGGCAACAGACCUCAAGGCCGUGGCCAACACUUUGGCUCAGCGCCGUGCCCAUCAUGAUCAUCGGAUUGCUUUUGUCGCCGAUAGCCAUGAAGCGGCUGCUGCUUGCCUUGAGGCCGCUGCAUCAGGCAAAGUGACAACGGGCCAUCAUGUUGCAAAGGGAAACGUGCUGGGGGCAUAUGGUGACCCGGCGCGGAAGGCGGUUUGGGUGUUUUCGGGACACGGGGCUCAAUGGAAGGAAAUGGGCAAGGAGCUUCUGCUCAAUACUGUUUUCCGACAGACCAUUGAGCCGCUCGAUGCCAUCGUCCAGGCUGAGGCCGGCUUUUCUGUCGUGGAGGCCUUGAAAACUGGGGACUUUCUCGAGGCGUCUGAACGUAUCCAGAUCCUCACUUUUGUUGUGCAAGUUUGCCUCAGCCGAGUGCUCAUGUCGAAAGGACUGACACCUGGGGCUGUCAUUGGUCACUCGGUCGGCGAGAUCGCCGCCUCUGUUAUCGCGGGCUGUUUGACUCCUGAGGAGGGCACCUUAGUUGUCACACGGCGAGCUCUGCUCUAUGCUCAUGUACGCAGUCAAUCCGAGGGAGGCAUGGCUAUGAUCAGCAGCCCGUUUGCUGAAGUGGAAAAGGAGCUCGGGUCUAGAAAAGACUUGGUGGCUGCUAUUGAUUCUUCCCCGUCCACUUGCGUCGUCAGCGGCGAGGUUAUCGCUUUGGACAAGUAUAUGGAAGACACAAAGGCUAAAGGCAUCAAGGCCGUUCGCGUCAAGACUGAUAUUGCUUUCCAUAGCCCAAUGCUUGACCAGUUGGUUGACCCGCUGAAAGUGUCACUGAAAGAUUCUCUACAGCCCCGGCAGUCAGCCUUGCCCAUUUACUCAACAUCAGAUCGUGAUGCACGAACUAAGGCGCUUCGAGACGUUGGCUACUGGACUAAUAACAUGGUUAGCCCAGUGUUCUUACAGUCGGCCAUUGAUGCCGCAGCCGAUGAUGGUUACCGCGUCUUUGUCGAGGUUUCGACGCAUCCUAUCGUGCUCUUCUCUAUUAACGAGACGCUACUUGAGCGCGGUAUCAGCUAUGACGAUAUGGCCACCCUCGCCACAAUGAAACGAGAUACUUCAGUAGAGGCGACCAUUUUAGAUCUCGCGGCGGAGCUGUACGUCAAAGGCAUCACUAUCGACUUUGAAGCGCAAAUCGGUGGCAAGCAGAGGUGGUGUCCAUCCGUUCCCGGCACCUCGUGGGUACACAAGCCUUUCUACAGAAAGGUCGAGACCGGCCCUAUUGGCGCAGGAGCUCUGCCUCAUGACAAGGUACAGGUACCUGAUGUGAAGGUGCCUGAUGAGAAGACGUCUGAUAAGGCGUCUGAUGGGAAGCAGCACGCCGGGGAGAAGAAUGAUGGGGAGAAACACAUACUCCUAGGUCAGCGAAAUGUUGUCCCGGGCACUAACAUCUUCCACUAUACCACCGAGUUGAGCGACGAGAUCAAGCCUUUCCCAGGUACACACCCAUUGGACGGCACCGAGAUCAUCCCUGCCGCUGUCUACCUGAACACGUUCCAGCAAGCUACAGGCGCAUUGCUGCUGUCCGAUAUCAAGCUCAAUAUACCGGUAUCGUUGGGAAAAGAUAAGCGAAUUGUCAGCGUUAUCGUCAAAGGCGAGGAAAUUACUGUGCUCUCAGCUGAGCCCUCUGCCCUUGAAAUUGGCAGUAAUGAAACCUGGGUUACUCAUAGUUCAUGCUCAUGGUCUAAAAUCGCGACCCCCGACAUGGCCGCGCAGCCCAAGACGUAUGAUGUGCCCGUGGUGCAAAAGCGCAUCGGCACGAUUUUACCAAACAAUUUUGCGUUGGACUAUUUGUCUAGAAUUGGCGUUGAGGGCGUUGCGUUUCCUUGGGAGGUUGUUGAACACUAUGGAAAUGACUCUGAGAUGAUAGUCAAAGUCGACAUGGAUCCUUCGGUUGAAGUGCUCCCAUGGGACUCCAGGUCCUGGGCGCCUUUCCUUGACGCUGCCACUUCAGUGGGUUCGUCCAUCUUCUUCAACGACCCUAGGAUGCGCAUCGUAUCAGGGAUGGACCAUUUGUAUCUCUACUCAUCAGAGACUCCGCCUAAGAUUGGGUAUCUGUACAUCCAAAAAGGCGCCACUACUAAAAAUCUCACAGCAGAUAUCAGCGUUCUUGAUGAGCAAGGCAACCUUUUAGCGAUGAUUAAAACCAUGCACUUCUCGGACCUGGUCAGUGGUGCUGCCGAUAGCAAUGAGGGCCUAGUUCAUCAGCUCGCCUGGGUGCCACCAAAGUUCAAGGAAAAGCCGCGCGACUUGAAGCAUAUCAUCCUUGUAUCGAGUGAUUCCAGCCUGCUGGAAACAUAUAGCGUACAGCUGAGGUCUGAAAAGUCAAAGGUCUCAUGUAUUGCCAAGGCUGAGGAUCUCCGCAACUUUGCAGCUGCCCUCAACGAGAAGGGGUCUAUCAUUGUCUACGCCCCUCCAGCAAUUCAAUCUGCGAUACACAUUGCAGAUGCCACUGAAGAGUUCAUCUGGGAAACGACUAGCAUUGUUCAAAUUCUAGUGAACCUUGGCCCAUCCAUGAUGGCCAAGCUCUUUGUGCUCACCAAUCGUGUUUUCACCGGAGAGUCCGCUGCUGGUCUUGCUCAUGGAGCGCUGUAUGGAUUGGCACGAAUUAUUGCAUCCGAACACCCGGAUUUCUGGGGAGGUUUGAUAGAUAAUGGAUCGCCAAACACUUUCCCCAUGCUGGCUGUCAAGUACGUCGACGAAUAUGAUAUACUUCGCGUUGACGACGGUCUUCCUCGACGAGCUAUAAUGAGGCCUCUGUUGGAAAGCCAGAAGUAUCAACCGGGUGUAGCCAAGACGUUGCUGCCAAAGUCAGAGGGGACAUAUAUUGUUACUGGAGGCCUGGGUGACUUUGGUAUAGAGACAUGUGGUUUCCUGGUUGAAAAAGGUGCCCGUACCCUUGUGAUUCUUUCUCGCCGCAGCCUACCGCCUCGCAAUUACUGGUCAGUCCUCGCUGCCAGCGAUCCCAAACUCGAUGCGGUAAUCGAGCGCGUUAAAGCCUUUGAAGCUCAAGGAGCUACUAUAUACUCUCUAGGCCUCGAUAUCACUUUGCCAAACGCUUCGGAUCUUAUACUGGAGGCCGUUGGAUCGCUCAAGGUCCCUCCUGUGCUGGGAGUUGUUCACGCGGCCGGUGUCCUCGAGGCCAGCACUCUUGUUGAGACUACCCGUGACUCGUUUGCUCGUGUCUUGGCUCCCAAAGUAAGCGGUGCACUCGCUCUACAUAACGCCUUCCCACCUGGCUCACUGGACUUUUUUGUCAUGUUCUCGUCCAUCGGACAGCUGGUUGGCACGGUUGGACAGGCUUCGUACGGGUCUAGCAAUGCCUUCCUUGACGCCAUGGCAACGUAUCGACGCGCACAAGGCGACAAUGCGGUGGCUUUCCAAUUUACAGCCCUUCGUGGCCUUGGUAUGGCAACCAGCACAGAUCUCCUCAUGACAGAGCUCCGCAGCAAAGGAAUUACUGAUAUAACGGCUGAUGAGGCUUUCCGAGCAUGGGAGCAUCUCAGUCGCUACGACAUUGAAGGUGCUGUUGUUACGCGCUGCCUGCCUCUGCUUGAAGGAGAGCCCGCUGCUAUUCCACUGCUUGAGGAGGUCGUGGUGCGGCGACCUAGGAUGAACGUCAAAGGCCUAACAACCACCGGUACUGGCAAGACUGCUACUACUGCUACUGCUACUGCUGCUGCUGCAAAUGAUGACGACAAGGGGGAGGCCAUGCCGACUGAUCCCCAAGAGAGAGAGAAAUGGGUCGACGUACGCGUUCGCGAAUGUAUUGCAAGAGUUUUGAUGAUGGAUGACAUUGACGACAUUGGCCCGCGCAUGCCCUUGUUGGAUCUGGGCAUGGACAGUGUUAUGACGGUAGCUCUGCGGCAGACCUUCCAGACUGUGUUCAAGAUCAAGGUGCCACUCACGUUAACAUGGAACCAUCCCACGGUAAAACACCUUGUCCCUUGGUUUUUUGCUAGGUUGAGCGGAUAA